AUGAAGUUGUGCAGCAUGAACGGCCCAAGUGAAUCGGAAGUCGAAAGCCUGCUGAUGAGCCCCUGCUGGGGACCCACGCAGACCAGCAGCCAGGAUCAGUAUUUGCUGGAUGGCCACAAGCUCUUGCUGGAGCACGAUCUCGACUCGCUGCCCAGCGACACGGACCAAAAGAACUCGCUCGAUGUGCUCGACAAUCUGCUGCUGAGCAGCAGCUCACUGAACGCGCUCUCCGACCUGAAGCCACUGCCGCCCUUCACCGGCUACACUGGCCACUUGUCCAUCAAUGGCAUCUCGGGUCAUCAUUAUCACGCAAUAGCUCAGCGCCUGCCAGACGAAAGCAACAACAACUAUAUACAGAGUGCGUAUCACAAUCUGAAUGCAAAUCCCACGUCCACAACGGCAACGACGACUUGCAGUGGGACAGGCGGCGGCGGCGGCGGCAGCAACAAUGGAGGUAUCAACAAUAGCAAUUCGACGCAGGAGCACAACAUUGUCUCCUCGUCCACCUGCCUGCCCGAGAGCGUGUUGAGCGCGGAUGCGGACGCCUGUUUGGGCGAUGUGAAGCUCUUCGCCGAUAGUCAUCUAGAUUCUAAGCUCUACUCCGUAGCCGACAGCUGUGUUAUGAAUGCGCCAAGCGCUAACAACAAUGUGGGCGUCACCACUCUGGCCAGCAGUGGCUCUACCCUGACGCCCAUCGACCAAGUGGCGGACUCGCUGCAUGGCAGCGGCGUGCGCAUCUACAAGGACCUGACGGAGUACGUGGACAUGAACAGCAUUGACGACAUUGCGGCCAUCAUUGGCUCCGCGAUAGCCGACACCACGGUGCCCAACCAGCUGGACAAGGAGGAGGGCAACGACACACGCGACAGCUGGAUGGAUCUGGAUGCCUGGAUCGAUGGCAACUGCAUACAGCCCGAGGGCAAGGUGCUGGUCUCGCAGCAGGACACGCUCAGCGAUUUCAUACUGCCGCACUCGCCGCUGCCCAUGCACGCGAGCAGCUCCACACUGCAGAGUCUACUCAGCCAUGGCUACAUGCCGCUACUGCAGAAUCGACUGCAGCACGGGCCGCCAGGCUCGGGCGCGGGCACGACGACAACAACGCUGAAGAGCGAGGCGCCCAGUUCUACCUCAUACUGCAAUGAGCUGUCCGCAGCCAGCAGCAGCUGCAGUCCGCCGGGCUCUGUAGUCAGCACCACGGACAACAAUCUGAUGAUCAAUCCGCGCUAUCUGACCAACAGCAGCAACAACAACAACAACAGCAGCCAGCAGCAGCAGCAACAGCAGCAGCAGCAGCAGCAGCAACAGUCUGCUUACGCUCAGCUGACGAGCAAUGGCGGCAUGAGCGGCGCCAGCAUGAAGGACAACGGUCUGUGCAGUCCCGAUAUGUUGGGCAACUAUCCGCAUACGACCAGCACCACCACCACAAGUAGCGGCACGCCCAAGGCCAAGCGCUCGCGAGCGCAAAAGAAGUCCAGUCAACAGCAGCAGCAGCAACAACAACAGCAGCAACAGCAGCAGUCGGCGGAUGCUGGCGCGGCACAGCUGAACGCCAUGUCGCCCUCGGGCGUGGCCAGCUUUAGUGCCAGCGAUCUGAGCGGACUGCUGGGCAAGGAGAAGCCGGUACAUCGUUGCAGCAUCUGCAAUCGCGGCUUCCUGAACAAGUCCAACAUCAAGGUGCAUCUGCGCACGCACACGGGCGAGAAGCCCUUCAGGUGCGAUGUGUGUGCCAAGGCUUUUCGGCAGAAGGCGCACUUGCUCAAACAUCAACAGAUACAUAAGAGAAUUGGGCGUGACUGACCGCGGCCAGACCGCCACUAACAACAACAACCACCACCACAACAAGCAGCCACCCAAAAUCCACACUGGACUCCGGUUCAGCUGUGGACUGUGCUGGAGA